AAUUGGGACUCCGAGCCGGGGCUAUUUCUGGCGCUGGCGCGGCUCCAAGAAGGCCAUCCCAGCCAUCACUCUUCCACCUGCUCCUUAGAGAAGGGAAGAUGAGCGAAUCGAGCUCGAAGUCCAGCCAGCCCUUGGCCUCCAAGCAGGAAAAGGACGGCACUGAGAAGCGGGGCCGGGGCAGGCCGCGCAAGCAGCCUCCGAAGGAGCCCAGCGAAGUGCCAACACCUAAGAGACCUCGGGGCCGACCAAAGGGAAGCAAAAACAAGGGUGCUGCCAAGACCCGGAAAACCACCACAACUCCAGGAAGGAAACCAAGGGGCAGACCCAAAAAACUGGAGAAGGAGGAAGAGGAGGGCAUCUCGCAGGAAUCCUCGGAGGAGGAGCAGUGACCCAUGCGUGCCGCCUGCUCCUCACUGGGGGAGCAGCUUCCUUCUGGGACUGGACAGCUUUGCUCCGCUCCCACCACCCCCACCCCUUCCCCAGGCCCACCAUCACCACUGCCUCUGGCCGCCACCCCCAUCUUCCACCUGUGCCCUCACCACCACACUACACAGCACACCAGCCGCUGCAGGGCUCCCAUGGGCUGAGUGGGGAGCAGUUUUCCCCUGGCCUCAGUUCCCAGCUCCCCCCACCCAUCCACGCAUACACACAUGCCCUCCUGGACAAGGCUAACAUCCCACUUAGCCGCACCCUGCACCUGCUGCGUCCCCACUCCCUUGGUGGUGGGGACAUUGCUCUCUGGGCUUUUGGUUUGGGGGCGCUCUCUCUGCUCCUUCACUGUUCCCUCUGGCUUCCUGUAGUGGGACCUGGGAGGGUUCCCCUGGCCUUAAAAGGGGCCCAAGCCCCAUCUCAUCCUGGCCCGCCCUACUCCACUGCCCUGGCAGCAGCAGGUGUGGCCAGUGGAGGAGGUGCUGGCCCCAGGAUUCUCCCAGCCAAACUGUCUUUGUCACCACAUGGGGCUCACACUUUUCAUCCUUCCCCACCUUCCCUAGUCCCUGCACUAGGUUGGACAGCCCCCUUUGGCUCCAGGAAGGCAGGAGGGGUGUGUCCUUACUGCCC